CAGUUCAGGACAUGUACACACAUGUACACACAUGUACACGCAUGUACGCGCACACUGAACUACAGAGUCACGCGAUAAUGAGUCACCGUCAGAUUUAAAUGAGUCAGUUUCAUUUCACUUUUCUCCUCGACGGACUUUAACUUCACGGUUCUGGUCCUGGUCUAGUUGAGACGACAUGACGACCCAGACCCCCGUCAUCCCGAAGGUCCGCUAUCACCCGAGCAUCCAGACCACCCCACCCAGACCCAAAGGGACCCGGAGGCCCAGACCGGCAGCCGUGCGCCCUCCUCAGACCAGAACCACCGUGCAACCUCCUCCUCGGACCAGAACCACCGUGCACCCCCCUCAGACUGGGACCACACUGCACCCCCCUCAGACCGGAAACAGCGUGCAGCCCCCUGAGACCGGGACCGGACCGUCGCCCCCCCGACCCGACGGAGGUGCGGACCCGGACCGAGCCCCUCCCACCCCGGACCAGGUUCCUCUGGGUCUGGGUCAGCAGGUGGACCGGGGUGUGGUUGAGCAGGUGGAGGUCCUGACCCGCGGACAGAGCACCAACCCGGCCUGGUUCACCUGGAGGAGGAACCGGAUCACGGCCUCCGUGGCACACCGCAUCGCUCACUGCCGAUUUGCUAACAGCAAGAGCAAAGCCCCGCCCCCCUCCUACCUGGCUGCUGUUACAGGUGAGGGGCCGCGAGUCCAGACCAGAGCCAUGACCUGGGGGAUCCAGAGGGAGGCCGAGGCGGUCCGCAAGUAUCAGGAGCUGAAGACCGCGUCCCUGGGGCGCCCCGUCUCCGUCCAGGACUGCGGUUUGUUCAUCGACCAGCAGCGCUCCUGGUUGGCUGCGAGUCCCGACGGCAUCGUGACGGACAGCCAGACCGGCCGAUGGCUGCUGGAGGUGAAGUGUCCCUACAAACACCGGCACCAAUGGGUAGAGGACGCCUGCAGGGACGACCCCGCCUUCUGUCUGGAGACAACGGAUGCCACAGGGGGGGUGAGAACUAAC